UCUCCCAAUAUUCCCUUUACUAAAUUUAUUCUAGUUUAAAAUACCUCGAUGGAAUUCCCCACUGCAGGCAAACAUUGCGCCCAUUCCACGUGCAACAGAUUAGACUUUCUCCCGUUGCAAUGCAAGUGCGGUCGAGUGUUCUGCUCCGAUCAUUUCCGAAGCCACUGCGAACAGUGCGAACAGUCCAAAUAUCUGAAAGAAGACGAAUUGAAAACCAUCGAUAACGUGCUCGUUUGCUCCCAUCCCGGCUGCAAGGAACGGAGCAUCGUACCGUUGAUAUGCGAACGGUGCAAACGACACUAUUGCAUCAAACACAGACACUUGAGCGAAUGCCAAGCUAAAGACGCCGAAACGAUAAGGCAGGAGAAAGAAAAGUACGCCGCUCCCGUUAGAGUCUUCAACGAAGCCAAGGCUGCUGUGGAUUUACAGGUGGAGACUACUUUGAACGAAGCCAAGAAGAAGUCGAAGACUCGAGAAAUGGCGAACAAAGUUCAACUGAUGAAGAUCAAGAGCAAAGCAACCGGAUCGAAGGCUAUACCUACAGCGGAUAGGCUUUAUUUCAACGUAACUUAUGCGGAUAGAACUGCACCGGUGUUCGUUUCGAGCCAUUGGAGCCUGGGUAGGGCCAUCGAUGCCAUUUCGCAGGAGAUGAAGCUGCAAAACAACAACCACAAGGCCAACGAGAAGAAGCUUAAAUUGUUCAAAAAGGGCGACGAGCGCUGUGUAGUUUCCGACAACUUUUCUAUUAAUUUGAAGCAGCUUUUAGAAGAACGUGUUAUUAUAGACGGAGAUUGUUUAAUCAUCGAUUACGUGGAAAAUUGAACGCUGGCAGUAAUACAUAUUGUUUUAUAUUUGUUUGUUUAUAUUUUCCACACGGUUGGAGCGCUAUCAAACAUUUUUGUUUGUAUUCUAAUAUUAGCAUAUUUCUGAUAUAACUUUUUCACCUGUUAAGUUCAUUCUAAAUUAGUUAUUUCUACAGUGUAGUACUGGAACUA